GAUUUUAUCAAGCUCCUGAGAUUCUAGCAGGCGGCGUUCACAGACAUUCACAAGGGCAGGAAACACUUUAUCAUUUUUAACGGUGCAUUUCUUUGGAAGCCGAGCAUGGCAGCUCAGGCUGCAGCCUAAAGCUUUCAGGUACUGCUACGGGUAUCAGGCACACCAAGUCCUGCCGAAAAAUGCACCUGCAGUCUUGCUUCUUCUUUUUCUCUCCAGCUGUUCUGGAAUCUGAAUUGUGUAAACAGCAAGCGCAGAGCCAGCGGGGGUGAGGGUGCAAAAGGAAGUUGCACUCUUUAGGGUAGGCUCUAUUGGUAAAGAGUCACUGUUGGUUUUCCUUUGGCCGAGGGAGGCAAGCGAAAUCAUUUUUCUAAGCUGCCUGCAAAAAGAGAUCAGUUGGUCAUGGAACCGACCAGAGGGACGGCAACCCUGGACUUAAUCCUCAGUGGGGACCGGGACCUGGUGCGAGAUGCAAAGGCAUGCCUCCAGUCUUAAUGGUGAUGAUGCUCUUGUUGGUCCUGCUGAGCUCCUUCUCCAACGGGCUGGAUCUAUCCCUGGAGGGCACAUGGGAAGGAUGGAAGGAACUUCACGCCAAGCAAUACCUUCAGGAGGAAGAGGGUUUCCGCCAGGCAGUCUGGGAAAAGAACCUGCAGAGGAUUGAACAGCAUAACCGGGAGGGAAGCAGCUUCCAUCUGGCUAUGAAUCACCUGGGCGAUUUGACCGAUGAAGAGUUUAACCAGAUGCUGAACGGUUUCCGUUCUGACCUGGCAGAACCAGCCAGUAAGACCGUUGUGCUUUUCCAAGAGUCAGCCACCCUGGAGACACCUGAGGGAGUGGACUGGCGUGCCAAAGGUUACGUCACCCCAGUGAAGAACCAGGGCCACUGUGGGUCAUGCUGGGCGUUUAGUGCCACCGGAGCCCUGGAAGGUCUACUCUUCAACAAGACCAGAAAGCUGGUUUCGCUGAGCGAACAGAACCUCAUUGAUUGUUCCUGGAAGCUGGGUAAUCGCGGAUGUCAUGGAGGGUAUAUAACUCAGGCCUUCGAGUACGUGCACGUUAAUGGAGGCAUCAACUCUGAGGCUGACUACCCCUAUCUAGAGAAAGAAGGGCCCAGGUGCAGUUACAACCCACAGGACCCGGUGGCCAACUGCACAUCCAUAGUGGCAAUCCAGCGGGGGAGCGAGCAAGCCCUGGAACAAGCCGUGGCCACCGUCGGGCCGGUUUCCGUGGCUGUGGACGCUCGGAGCUUCUUCUUCCAUUUCUAUAAGUCAGGGAUUUUUGCCAGCAGCUGGUGCACCCAAUUGGUGAAUCACGCCAUGCUGGUGGUUGGCUAUGGGACGCUCCAGGAUAGCGGGAAGAACACGGAUUACUGGAUCCUGAAGAACAGCUGGACUGAAAAGUGGGGAGAACAAGGUUAUAUGCGACUGGCGAAAGGCCUUGACAAUCACUGCGGCGUCGCCAACCAAGCCAGCUAUCCCACACUGUAAUCCCCUGAGGAGCCAGGAUCCUUUCCCCUCCAGAACCUUCCCAGCUUUGCACAGCUUUGAAUCUCCAGCUUGAUGAGCUGCUGCUGUUUCUGAUUUCACUGUCCCCGAGAGAAGCUGAAAUUAUCAGAAAUGUUAUGGUAUCGCCCCUUGUGCUUCCCGAUUCUGACCAGUUGCUUGGUUUUUAAAUCACUUUUGUCACCGCCAUGAACUGCUCAGAAAAGAGGCCUAUAAGUGUUUUCAAAAGCUAAAUGCCCUUUGAGCGAUGCCAGGUUUUGAUCAAGCUUGGAUUCCGCCCCCUCCUUUCGCUGGGGAAAUUUGGGAGCUUUGGACUGGCAGUGGGCUCUCCAAGACUUCAGGCUUGGAGUCUCAGCUUCACAUGGAGAUGCUGGGGGUUGAACUUGGGAUCUUCUGCAUGCAAAGCGAAGGUUCUAGUCCUCAGGGUUCCAACUGGCUUAAAUAGAACGCCAGAAGCUGCUUUUUGUAGAGACAGACUGUUGGUCUGUCUAGCUCAGUGCUGUCUGCACGGACUGACAGUGGUUUCAGGGAGGCAGAGGGUUUCACACAGGCAGUCUCUCCUGCCUGGAUAUGCCACUGGGGAUUGAAGCUUCUGCAUGCAAAGCGGAUGCUCUAACCACUGAGCAACAGCCCUUGUCCCUCCUGCCAGAACUCAGUCCAACCAGUGAAAUAAAGA